AGGAAAUAUUAAGAUUUUUUAAUUUUUUCCCAUUUCCCUCAACAUAUAUGUAUAUAUAUUUUUUGAGCUUUGAAUUGGUCAGGUGACGAGCGGACAUUUCUCGGGGUGCUUUUUGAAACUGAGAUUAUCUGAUACAGCUUGUACUGUCUUCUGCUUCAGCAAGUUUCUCAAGUUAGUUGUGAAGGUCACGCAUGCGAUCUGAAUGGUUCGCUUCUUUCCAGGCCUCCAGAGUGAUCUUUGCUCGGUUUCAUGAAUUGGGUCUAAGCUCUGUCACCUGAUAUUUCGUGGGCUUCUGAGGAAUUCUUUGUGCAAGCCGAAGGGUAUUUGGAAUUCUAAGCUAAUCUCACUUUCCUGGUGGUUGUCUCUGGGUGAUUUUCUGAAGUGGGUUUGGGUUGUGUCGUCUGAUUCUUGAAGAUCUUUCGGGCAAUAAUUGGGAAAUUGAAGGGAUUUUGGGGAAGUUCUGUUCUUGUGGUUGUGUGAGAAGACUUUUGAAUUUGAUGCCUUUUGAUGGUAUCUGGGUUUGAUUAUAGGGUUUCUGAAAGAUGGGAUUUGGGGCUGAAGGGGGAAAGGAGGAGUCUUGGGAUGUGGGCAAAUCGAAGGGUAAGAAGAAGAAAGAUGGAGACGUUGAGGAGACUGGAUGUUGGGUUAGGUUGAAGAUUUUUGGGAGCUGUAUUUCUUCAAGAUCUAAAGUGGAUAAUUCCAUUAGUGGCAUCAGUAUUCAUUGCGCAGAAAGUAAAUCAACAAAUGAUACAAGCAGAGACCAGCCUGUUGCUCCAGUAUUAUCAUCAACAACCACAAGUAAUGGAGAAAGCAAUUCAUCUACUUCCAAACUUGAAGAAGAACUGAAAGUUGCUUCUCGGCUUCGAAAAUUUUCUUUCAAUGAUCUUAAGUUUGCAACAAGAAAUUUCAGACCAGAGAGUCUUCUCGGUGAAGGUGGUUUUGGUUGUGUAUUCAAGGGGUGGAUUGAGGAGAAUGGUACUGCACCAGUGAAACCUGGCACAGGACUUACUGUUGCAGUGAAAACCCUAAACCAUGAUGGGCUCCAGGGUCACAAAGAAUGGCUGGCUGAAGUAAGUUUUCUUGGGGACCUCAUUCAUCCUAAUUUGGUCAAACUGAUUGGUUACUGCAUUGAAGAUGAUCAACGAUUGUUGGUGUAUGAGUUCAUGCCUCGAGGAAGCUUGGAGAACCACCUGUUUCGGAGAUCACUUCCUCUUCCUUGGUCCAUCAGGAUGAAAAUUGCUCUUGGUGCUGCAAAGGGCCUUACUUUUCUGCACGAGGAAGCAGAAAGGCCAGUUAUAUAUCGAGAUUUUAAGACUUCCAAUAUCCUAUUAGAUGCAGAUUACAAUGCCAAACUUUCUGACUUUGGACUUGCUAAGGAUGGUCCUGAGGGUGAUAAGACUCAUGUCUCUACUCGUGUGAUGGGCACUUAUGGUUAUGCAGCUCCCGAAUAUGUGAUGACAGGACAUCUUACAUCAAGGAGUGAUGUUUACAGCUUUGGCGUGGUUCUGCUCGAAAUGUUGACUGGCAGAAGAUCAAUGGACAAAAACCGUCCCAUUGGGGAGCACAAUCUAGUCGAAUGGGCGAGGCCACAUCUUGUGGAGAGAAGAAGGUUUUACAGACUGAUAGACCCCCGGCUUGAAGGCCACUUCUCAAUAAAAGGUGCCCAGAAAGCUGCACAGUUGGCUGCUCGCUGCCUUAGCCGGGACCCAAAGGCCAGACCUCUGAUGAGUGAAGUUGUCGAAGCCUUGAAGCCGCUUCCAAACCUCAAGGAUAUGGCCAGCUCGUCCUAUUACUUCCAGACAGUGCAGGGCGAUCGCGUUGCCUCCAGUCCAAAUGCUAGUAGAAACAGUUUAAAAGCACAAGCUGGAUCGCUUUCAAGGAAUGGGCAGCAGCACCCAAGGAGCCUCUCCAUACCAAAUAAUAGUUCACAUGCUUCUCCUUACCAUCAUCAGUUCUCCAUCAAUUCACCAAAACCCAAUGCUAAAGCAUAGCUGAAUCGGUUUGGUCAUUGCCUGUUUCUUCUGUUUGACACACCCACCCAUCCUUUCUACCAUUCCUUCUCUACUUUCUCUUCGUUUAAUUUCUAUGUGGAGUUGGAAAAGAAUCAGAAUCAGAAUCAGGGGAACAUUGGCAAUGUGGUGUUAUGAUCUUUUAAGUUACCUCACACUCAUAGCGAGUGAGGAGAGAGCUAGGAAAGUUGUCAUUUAAUGGAGGAGCAAACAGGAAUGGCAACCACACGGUUUUACUUGUUUGUUCAGAAAUGUUAAUGAAUGAUAAUUUUCCUUCA